AUGGCUUUCAAUGAUGUCCUUCAGUCUUUAGGUGGAGUUGGUUGUUUUCAGAUACUCCACACCAUACUGUUGUUGAUACCAGUGACUAUGUUAUCGUGCCACAAUCUUCUCCAGAACUUUACAGCUGCCAUUCCUGAACACCACUGCAAGCUUCCAUCCACCAGCAACUUGAAUAAUAUAAGUUGGACACAUAUUAUGAAACAUUUCACUUCACUGGACCAAGACAACAAACCCUGGAGAUGCAUCCAGUAUCAAAAGGCCAGAGAUUUAUUAGUGAACUCAACUAGAAAACCAUUGGACGGAAGGAAUAUGGAAUAUUGCAGAGAAGGGUGGACUUAUGACCGGAGCAUCUUCUCCUCAACCAUUGUGACUGAGUGGAAUUUAGUUUGUAAGCAACAUCCUUGGAAGCAAGUUGCUCGUUCUAUUUAUAUGACUGGCGUACUUUUGGGAGCCCUCGUCUUUGGCAGUCUUGCAGACAAAUUAGGCAGAAUGGAGAUCCUAAUGUGGUCUUACCUUCAAAUGGGAAUAGCUGGAUGCUGCGCUGCAUUUUUACCUACAUAUGAUGGCUAUUGUGCUUUCCGCUUCCUUUGUGGUGUAGCAUCUUCUGCCAUUUCUGUCAACAGCAUCUCCUUAAUCUUAGAGUGGAUGCCCAUGCAUGGUCGCACACUGGCUGGGAAUUUUUUUGGCUUCUCCUACUCAGUGGGACAGAUCAUUUUGGCUGCCAUUGCAUACGGGAUCCGAGACUGGCGAUGGCUUCAGUUUGCUGUUUCUGCCCCGUUCUUUUUAUUCUUCUUCUACUCAUGGUGGCUGCCUGAAUCUGCUCGGUGGCUGAUUCUUCGGGGUGACCCAUAUAAGGCUCUGAGAAACCUUAAAAAAGCUGCUCGAAUCAAUGGAAAAUGGAGGGAAGGCGAGAAACUGUCGACAGAGAUGCUUUGCGCUGAGAUGCAAAAGGAUAUUCUUAUAAUCAGAGCCUCACACUCAGUGUUUGACCUUGUCCGCACUCCGGCCAUAAGACGCAUGUCCCUUUGUCUAGUUCUAGUUUGGUUUUCAAGCAAUUUUGCUUAUUAUGGGCUCAACAUGGACCUGCAGAAUUUUGGACUCAACGUUUUCUUGGCUCAGGCGCUAUUUGGAGCAGUAGAAAUGACGGCUAAGCUGAUGGUGAUGUUGGCCAUGACAUUUGUGGGAAGACGAGUCAUGCAGUUUGUGUCCUUGUUUCUGGCAGGAAUAAUGGUGCUAUCUUACAGCUUCACACCUAAAGAAAUGCAGCUGUUGUGUACACUCCUGGCAUUAACCGGAAAAGCUUUCCUGGCAUCUGCUAUUACAUGCAUGUACCUUUACACGGGAGAGCUGUACCCUACAGAGAUAAGGCAAACUGGCAUGGGCUUUAGCACUAUGAAUGCUCGUCUGGGCUCUGCUGUGGCAUCUGUUUUGCAUUUAACAGGGGAUUUUUCUGUGACAAUCCUUCCCAUGCUAUUUGGAAUCACUCCCAUAAUAGCAGGCUUCUUAUCCUGCUUUCUGGUGGAAACUAAAGACUUUGCAUUACCAGAUACUAUUAAUGAAAUUGAGAACAGGUAUAGAGAUAUUUCAUUAGAUGCAGAAGAAUCAGAGAACGAACAAUGGAUUCAUAAGGUCAAUUUAAAGGAAAUCUCCUAA